CCUGAUCGCCUAAUUCCAUCUAUAUAUCCCAAUCUUAGGUUAAUCGAGUUGUAUAUGUAGGAAAAUAUCUAAGAAUUCACGAGUAUCCAUGGAUCAUCAUCAGCAGCAGCAACAAGGAAGUGAACCUUCUACAACAACCAAAGUUGAAAGAAAGAUCAUAGAGAGAAACAGAAGAAAUAAAAUGAAGGAUCUCUACUCCAAACUCAACUCUCUUCUCCCAAGCUAUAGCCCCACGGAAGUGUUACCAUUGCCUGAUCAAAUAGAUGAAGCCGUGAAAUAUAUCAAAAGCUUAGAGAAGAAGGUGAAGAUGGCAAAGGAGAAGAAGGAGAGGUUGCUAAAAGGGAGGAAUAACAACAAGAGAUCUCGCGGUUUCGAUGAGAAAAAUAUUACAAAAUCUCCAAUGAUAGAUGUUCAUGAAAUGGGUAAUUCCUUGCUUCAAGUGGUCUUGACAUGCGGGUUUGAGAACAAGUUCCUUUUCAAUGAGAUUAUUCGCAUAUUGCAUGAAGAGAAGGUUGAGAUUGUUAGUGCCAAUUCUUCUUCGCAACCUGGAGAUUCAAUGAUUCAUGUUUUGCAUGCAGAGAUUCCUUCCGCAUUCCAGCAAUUUGGAGCUGCAAGAGUGAGUGAGAGAUUGAAGAGGCUUGUGAAUGGAUCAAUCAGUGAUGCGGAAAUAGAUCCAGGAUUUUGGGAUGAUUUUGAAAUUGAUACUGACAUUUGGGAGCUUCCAGAUCUUUCAUCAGUAGUAAGCAAGGGUUUUUCAAAUCCUUUGUAAAAUAAUAAAGUUUUUUUUUUUCAAAAUUAGAAGUGAGAUUCCAACCCACAACUUUUAGAUAAGUGAAGAGAUUAUGCCAUUUGAAAAAUAAUUCAUUGGCAAAAUAAUAUAUAGUUAUUGCAGACAAAGUAAAGUAAAUAUAUAAUAAUAUCUGCAGCUCGUUACAUAUUUUGAAAAGUAUAUAGUCCUGAGAUCCUUGAUGAUUUGCAACAACAAAGUAUACUGAGCCAUAUAUAUACAUGAUUCAAAAAAUAUAAUGGAGC